AUGUCCAGCCCUCACUACCGCCCUCCCCUGUCUCCUCACAGACUGAGCCUCUUAUUUAGCGAUCCGGUGUGGUCGGGCAAGGAUACCAUUCCCAGCACCAUCAUUCGGAACCUCACCGCUCUUUGGAAGGACAUCGCUUACAACGACGAUGUUACCGACAACCUGACCGUCCUCACGUCCAAGUAUACAGCAACAGAAAACGGCGUGCUGCAGGGUUUGCUCUACGUGCCAGACCUUGACAGUGAUGAUCCUUGUGCCGAUUAUGCCCGGCAGUAUGUGCCGGACUCGGCCGUUCGCCAAUCUGAUCUCCCAGCCACCAACUACAAUCUCAUCGCCGUCGCGCCUUGGUUUAACAGUAGCUGCACCAAAGCCUACCUUGCGUCUGCACGUGAAGAUCCGCUGCGUGCCUUUCUUUUCUACGUGCCGACCGGUGAGCUGGCGAGCACUCCAGACUCUGAUUCUGACAUCUGGGACUUGGGCGAUGGCGGCAGCUGGAAAUCAGAGAACCACUACCCCAUCUUUGCUGUUUCCGGCUCACUUGGCAGCGAAAUGAUGUACCAGCUGGGUCUUUACUCGGGCAACAUAACCGAGGUGCCCAAUGGCGACAACAUCAGCAACCUCUACAACCCUGACUCGUCUGACUACAUACGGAUAUGGACUCAGCUAACAGUCACGACGCCUACGGGACUUCCCAAUGUUUGGGUUUUCGUGCUCGCGAUUGCGGGCGUUGUGUUGGUCGUGGUCAUCUUGACGGUCUUCCUCAUGCAUGCCGUUUGGCGGCGCCGCCGGAUCUCACUCAGACGACGCGUCGUGGCGGGCGACGUCAACCUCGAAAUUAUGAAUAUCAAGCGCUUGACUGUUCCCGCCUGCCAUGUACACAAGUUUCCUCUUUUCACUUACAGCUAUGAUCCACCACAGUCACCGCCACUACCGAAAGCCGUACCGAGCUCUCCCACCGGUAUGACUGCUAGCGCUGCGUCUCCCGCCCUGACUACUUCGCAGCCACUCCCAUAUCAGUCCUCGACAACUCUAGAGGCGGCGUGCCACCACAAUGCCUCCGCGCCUGGCUUGGCCGGUACGAACGAUUUUGCCGCUCUCUCCAGCACCCUCGGCGCGGAAAGCCGUGGCGAAUGUGGAACUGAGACAAAUCGUCACGAUCCGACCGCAUCGUCCACCAAAGCAACGUUUGUAGCAGCAGCCCCUGUGGUGGGCGACCUGGACUACCAGCCUACGUGCCAGAUCUGCCUGGAGAAUUUCGAAGACCGGGCCACGAUCAUCCGCGAGCUUCCGUGUGGGCACAUCUUCCACCCAGACUGCAUAGAUGAGUUUCUCUGUCAGAUCAGUUCUCUUUGCCCUCUCUGCAAGGCAUCCAUGCUGCCAAGAGGCUACUGUCCGAUCAUCACGAAUGCUAUGGUGCGUCGAGAGCGCGCCAUCAGACGGCUCCGUGAGCGUGUUGACGUGGCUGCCUCGGACGACGAGAGCGCGCACGGUCGCAUCCGCAGUUGGGGCUCUUCGGUCAGUAAGCGGCUUCACAGCUCCAAGCCACGGCUUCCGCCGACGUUUAGCGCUUCCAUUGAGCUUGCGGCGCAAACAAGUCCUACAGAUCCUACAGCACAACGACAUGACCGGCGUGCAGUUGUCUCCGAGGCCACUCGCAGGCGAAUGCGCCAUUUGGCACGGACAGACGCUGAUAGAGAAGAGACUGAUAGGCCAAGAUGGAGAAUAAUAGGACGAAAGGUGUUUCCGGGAUUUCUCUGA